AUGGAAGAGGGGGAAGAGGGGGAAGAGGCCAUGGAAGUGGAGAAAACAAAGAAGCCAAAGAACAAGAACACCUCCUGUCAUACAGUCCCGAAGGAGGAUCGCAUUUAUGUGAUGGCCCAUAAUGCACGAUCCUAUGAUUUACACUUAGUCCUGAAGGGUCUGUCCCCCCUCCUGGUGACACUCCCCACCAAGAUUCGGCAUGGCCAACAAAUUUUGCAAAUGACCCUGGGACGGUUAUGUUUCGAAGACAGCUUAAAUUUCAUCCCUUACCCCCUGAAAGCCUUUCCCAAGAGCUUUGGGCUGAAAGAAAUGAAGAAAGGGUACUUUCCACACUUUUUCAAUACGAGAGUCAACCAGACCUACAGAGGUCCCUAUCCACCAGCCGUCACGUACGAUCCCGAUGGCAUGUCUCCCGCGGAACGCACAGCCUUCCUCCAGUGGCAUACCCAAAAAGUGCAAGAAGGAGCCUUGUUCGACUUACAAGGAGAACUUUUAACCUACUGCCAAAGCGAUGUGGACAUUUUGAGACGGGGAUGCGCCGACUUCCGACAGAACGCCAUCCACUCGGUGGGCAUGGAUCCCUUUGUGGAAGUGAUGACAGCUGCAGCGUUCACCAUCAAAUCCUUCCGAAAACACGACCUGAAACCCAAUACCAUCGCCAUUCUCCCACCUCAAGGCUACCAACCCAAGAGAAACAAUUCCCAGGCCUGUAUGCACUGGCUCCACUAUCUGAUGGAAACGGACCCCCAUCUGCACCUCCAGCACGCCAGGAAUGGCGGUGAAAAAGAGUUCACGUGUGGAGGGGGUCAACAUCGGUACACCGUGGAUGGCUACGAUCCAGCGACAGGCACCGUCUACGAAUUCCUGGGCUGUUUCUGGCAUGGGUGCCAGGCCUGUCACAAGACCCGACGUGGAGAACCGCAUCCCGUCCUGGGCUCGUCGUUGGGAGCCCGUUACACCGACACCCACUACCGCUUGAGUCUCUUGAGUCAACACCCUGAGGUGAAACGGAUCGUCACCCUGUGGGAGCACGAGUUUACGAAAAUGCAACGGGAGGACUCCGCACUGCGUGCUUUCUUGCAGGGACCCCCCUGUAUCCACGUCCCCGGGCUGCUCAACCCUCGCGAUGCCUUCUAUGGAGGAUGCACCAAUGCGACGCGAUUAUGCUACGAAGCCCAAGAAGGUGAAACCAUCAAGUACAUCGAUAUUUGUUCCCUUUAUCCCUACAUUUGUAAGACCGGAGUGUUUCCCACGGGACACCCGACCCUUCUCCAUCAACCCCCUGUGGACACGUUGUUUGAACUGAAAGGCCUGAUCCAAUGCCGUGUCUUACCCCCGAAACGACUUUACCAUCCGCUACUGCCUUACAGAUCGGGUGGCAAACUGCUCUGUCCUUUGUGCCGCACGUGUGCCGAUACCCGGUCAGACUCCCCCUGCGAGCACACGGACGAAGAGAGGUCAUGGCAUGACCCCGACACCCAGCAAGUGGGACUCUUUGACACUUACAUCGAUCGACAUUUCAAGGAGAAGCUCGAAGCCAGCGGAUACCCCGAAGGAUGUACGGAUCACGACGCGUACAUCCAGGAGAUCUACGACAAAGAAGGCAUUGGGUUGGACAAGGACCGCAUCGAAAAAAAUCCAGGACGUCGCACGAUUGCCAAGAUGCAACUGAAUUCGCUCUGGGGCAAGUUUGGGCAACGGGUAGACUACAGUCAGAACGUGUAUAUGAACGAUCCUGUACAGUACUUUGCCUUGUGGAGGGAUGAACGCAAUACCAUCGAGGAUGUGGUCGUUGUCAACGAACACAUGGUGGAAGUGACCUAUACCCAGCAGAAAGAAUUCCAAACCCCUCAUUCUCAUUUCAACGUCGCCAUCGCUGCUUGGGUCACUGCCCAAGCACGUCUCAAGCUGUACGAGACCCUUGCCCUGGUGGACCGCAGGGUGUUGUACUUUGACACGGACAGUGUCAUUUACAUUCAUCGACCCCACGACGCGAAUCCAGAGCUGGGUCAUUCGUUGGGUGAGUUUACGGAUGAACUGGACGGAAACACCAUCGAGACGUUUGUGUCGGGAGGCCCCAAAAACUAUGGCUACGAGUUAAUGAACCCCAGACCCGAUGGAACGCGCACGACCUGCAAAGUGCGAGGGUUCACUUUGAAUUACCGAAACCAACGCCAUCUCAACUUUGACACCAUGAAAGGACUGAUACUGGGACAACGGCCUGGGAAAGAGGAGGAGAAAAUCAGUUUGGAUUACCCUCAUCAGAUCAUUCGAAAAGGCCCUCGGCACGAAAACGCACUCGUGACCCGACCCACCCGAAAAGACUAUCGUACCGUGUACGACAAGCGACGUCUCGUCUACGACGACAUCACAGGGCUACCUGUAGACACGCUCCCCUUUGGGUACAGAGACGACUUUCACUAA